AUGCUUCGCCUUAUUCGUUCAUCUGCUUUCCAGCGUCAAGCCUCUAGACGUGGCAUUGUUACGUCGCGCACGUUGUUAAUGGCACUUUCACCACAGCUCACGAGUCUCAAUAACGCAGCUUCGUGUGCUCAAUUGGACCUUGAUGGAUCGCUUGAAGAAAUGGCGGCUAAACGGUUUUCCGAGGCUUCGGCAUUUCCAGAAUUUUCGCCAACAGAAGAUAUUUUACUUGGUCAGGCUGUACCUCACAUUCAGCCUAGUAAGCCUGUAAUGGACGCGCACACUUUGGCUGCGGAAGAACUCAUGGCCGAGAUGCAAAAACAUUUUUGUGAACCCUCGGACUUUCCGGAAUAUACGCCUGUCGAAGAGGAGGCCAUCUUGCUCAAAGAGAUGUAA